AUUACCGUCGAGUGGUCGUCGAAUUCGGACUUCUUUAAAGAGGACACUGCAUCCAGGACAGCCGACUCCAUUUGCAAUCACACCACCAUGAAGCGUCCAGAGUGGCUGCUUCUUUUGGCGUUCGUGGCGACCGCCUCGGCGGCCGUUGCUCCAAGACGGAGACGUCACAGCACAGUAAUAGAGUCACCCACCUCGAGUCCCUCCGAUUGGGGCUUCGGCCUGGGCCCAGAGAUGAGUCUCGUUAGAAGGGUGUACGAUGAGUGCCAGGAUACCAACGACUUCAUCGGUUGCCUAAAACAGAAGGCUCUACAUGCGCUGACCCGUGCCCUCGACCAGGACUCCAUUAAGAUCGCCGAUGGUCUGGUGCUAGAAAAGCAGAACCACAGCGAAGCGGACAGCAUCCUGGGCUCUCUAACGGAUGCCCGUCAGUUCGGCAACCUGGCCCCCAUUGAUCGCGCCCUCUUGUCCAAGGCGGACAAGCUCAUACGGACGCACACUCUUAAGAUCGACAUCGCUGGCGGAGGAGACGAGGAUGCCAGCGUUGGGCGUGGCCACAAACACGGACAUAAGAAGAAAAAGCACAAGGAUGGCGGCCACAUAAAGUACGUGGUGGCAGCCUUACUCACCGCCAUGGGCAUCGCCGGUCCCUUAGGUCUCAAGGCUCUGGCGGCGAUUGCCGGCAAGGCGCUCGUCAUUAGCAAGGUUGCCCUGACCAUAGCAGGGAUCAUCGCGCUGAAGAAGCUAUUCUCGCACGACCACAGUGAGGAGACCAGCUUCCAGGUGCACGCUGGGGAUCACAACAGACGCAACACCUACGUGAUCCGGCCAGUGUCGAAGACGAAUAGCGGGGCAGCAGCUGGAACUGUGGGCGUAACGGCCGCCGGUGGCAGUUCCUCGGUGGAUCCAUAUCGCUACUACUAUGAGUACCACCAGCAGUAACGCCUGUUGCCUGUAUCGGGAGAAAUCUCUGCCCACGUCAGGCGGAGUUCUGAAGCAGCUAGGCAACCAAAGAACGAUCCAAAUUCAGCCGCUCCAAAUGGAG